UUUCCAGAGCGUGAUUACAUCGGGUUUGCCACGCUGGCGGAACAGGUGCACCGGAAAUCGGUGAAGCGUGGCUUCGAGUUUACGAUGAUGGUGUGCGGCGAUACCGGGCUCGGCAAAUCGACCCUCAUCAACACGCUCUUCCUGACCGAGCUGUACGGUCAGCGCACGGUACCGCCGGUCGCGGAGCGGAUCGAGAAGACGACCCGGAUCGACAAGAAAACGCUCGACAUCGAGGAGAAGGGCGUGAAGCUGCGGCUGACGAUCGUGGACACGCCCGGGUUCGGUGAUGCGGUCAACUGCGAGGACAGCUGGCGCGUCUGCACGCAGUACAUCGACGAACAGUUCCGGCAGUACUUUACCGACGAGAGCGGCCUGAACCGGCGCAACAUACAGGACAAUCGGGUGCACUGCUUGCUGUACUUUGUACCACCGUACGGUCGCAGCUUGCGCCAGAUGGACAUCGAUCUGUUGCGCAAAAUGCACAAGAAGGUUAACAUCAUCCUGGUGAUCGGGAAGGCGGACACGCUCACGAUGAAGGAGGUGAAGUCACUGAAGGCACGCAUCCUGGAGGAUGUCGAAACGCACGGCAUCCAGAUCUACCGUCUGCCGGAUUGCGAUUCCGACGAGGACGAAGCGUUCAAGCGGCAGGAUCGCGAACUGAAGGCAAGCCUCCCGUUCGCGGUGGUUGGCAGCAACCAGGUGAUGGAGGUGGCCGGACGGAAGAUACGCUGUCGUCAGUACCCGUGGGGUGUGGUCGAUGUUGAAAAUCCGGAGUACAGCGAUGUAGGGAAGCUGCGCACGAUGCUCAUCUCAACGCAUAUGCAGGAUCUGAAGGAUACGACGCGCGAUAUACAUUACGAAAAUUUCCGCGCGCAGUGCAUCUCGCAGAUCUCGCAGCAUGCGUUGCGCGAGCGCAACAAGCUGAAGCAUGAAUCGACCGCUUCCAACCAAGAGCUAACCGACGCGGAGCGAUUGCUGCUGCUGCAGAAGGACGAAGAGAUUCGCCGCAUGCGUGACAUGCUGGCUCAGAUGCAGGAGAAAUUGGAAACGACCACCAACGAUACAGAUGGUGACUUUUAG